CCCUCCGUCGAAGAGCGCCGGUCCCAGAAGUCACCGCAGAAACCCGACGGCCGCGGCUUGCGGCGGGACGGCGACAGGCACAGGUCAUUUUUACCUCCUCCUCCUACCACAAGGCUGACACUCACUAUCGCUAUACAUGACGCCCGCCAGGCUUGCCUUGCUCUAAUACUGGUUGUAGCAUAUUACCGCCAUGUCCUCCGACCACCAAGUUGAAUUUGGUCCCGAAGCCGAUGUUGCCCCACCCACCGUCGCCCUACUCAUCCUCUGCCUCUCAACGGGCUUCAUCGAUAGUCUUACCUUCGCCGCCACCGGCGUUUGGUGUGCUUUCGUCACCGGCACCACCGUACAGCUUGGGAUGAACGCCCCCGGCCUCUUCGACGCCCUCACCUCGUCCCAACGGCCCACGUUCAAGCACGCCCUUUCCCGCUUCGUCGCAUCCACCGCCUUUGCACGUAUCGUGGCUUUAUCGGGCUUCCUCUGCGGUGCGGCGGUCGGCUCGAACACACCUGUCCGCAAUCUCUCUUUAACAGUCUCAGGCGCCGUGCAGGCCGUCCUCCUCGCAUGUGCUGCAACGCUUGUGCUCCAGAGCCUUUCUGGCACGCCUGACCUGCACAUCGGCCUCCCGCGUCCCCAUGCGGUGCUCGCACUCGUUUCUGCUAGCAUGUCUCUCCAAGCUGAGCUUGUCAGGCGUGCACACACUCCGUUUGGCACCAGCGUCGCGUGGACCAGUAUCUGGCUUGAUAUGGUCGAUUCGCGCUGCUCUCGCAUGCAAAGGGCGAAAAAGGCGUCGGGCCUUAUGGCGCUGGUCUCAGGAGCCGCAAUAGGCGCACUGACCCUGCGAUGGGGGCGAUCGCCAGAGGAAAGCGAUAGCGAGGCAGCCAUACAAUUGGCAAGAAGGGUCGGCUGGGGAUUCGUGGUCGCGACGUUGGUCAAGGUUGUCGUCGUAGGGAUGUUUUGGAGGAAAGAGAGAGCUGUUGGUAGGAUACGUCUCGGAUGAGACGAAACCAACGUACCCUCUGGCCCGCAAGUCCUCGCAGGUUGCGCUGUAACAUCUGAGUGUCGCUCAUCCAUUAAACCUUACGCAUUGAUCACCUUGGAGGAUCAGCAAGACCUUCCACAAGCGCGACGCUUGCCACGCAUGGGGCUCCUGCUAUGGGUUUACACAGAAGUAACGAGGAGGAGCCGAACGCUGCCCUGGGAUAGGGAGUGUGAGGGAGUCGAUAGUAUACUUCUUGGCUGGGCGGUCCAUCCGCAUUUUUUUUUAGAAGCCGUCGCACUCAUUGAUGUCCCAUUGAACGGCCUGUGCACAUGAGGGAGGAGUGUGCUAAGAUGCACGUAACCGUGUUCGCA